AUGAUAACUAUGGACGAGAGAUUAAUUAAAGAAAUACAUUACUUAACGCGUUUAAUAGAAAAUCAUAAAAAAAAAUCGUCAGAUAAAUUAUGUUGUGUAGAAAAACCUGUUAUAAAUCAAAAUAUAAAUUUUUCAAAAUCUGAGAAAUAUGUAAAUUUACUUCAGAAAUCUCAACAGUUACCUAAAAUGUGUAAUAGUACUUCAUGCAACAUGUUAACAAGCACUAAUGUAUAUAUUAAUCCAAACUUUAAACCUCAAAGUUCUGCAAUAUAUAUCAAUCCAAAAUUACGUAUGAAAUCUUUUGUACAUGUUAAUCCAAAAAUAAUGAGAAACGUUAUUGAUUCUAAUGAAAAUAUGCAAAAUAAUUCUAUAAAUAUGAUGAGUACAAAUUCUAUACAAAAAUCAGUACAUGUUAAUCCAAAAUUAGUGAAAAAAUUGUCUUCCUCUAUACAACCAAAACCAGCAGAACAUAAAGAAAUAGUGAUACAAAAUAUUACUCAUCCUGUUUGUUCAAGACUCAAAUUUGUUAAAAGUACAAAUUCUCCAAAGGUUAUUCAUAAUCAAAAGAAAAUAAACAAUUCCAAUAUCUUAGUUUUAUCACAAAGAAAACUUAUACGUGUAAGACGAGGAUCAAGAAAAUCUUUUAGUACUUCACAAGUUGAACUUUGUAAGAUUAAAAAAUCCUUAAAUUCAAUAGAAAAGAAUGUUAAACCUACUUCUCAAAGAAUUAUGAAAACAAAAUCAAUAAAUGCUAUACAGCAGUCAAUUAGUAAAGGUUCUAACAUUGUAAAAUCAACAGUUGCAAAACCUAAAAUAAACAAGUACAGAAUAGAUCGAACUGCACCAAAAACUUCAAAUAUCAGAAAACAUGCAAAUCUGAAUCAAAAAAAGUCUAUGUAUGUAUCUUACAGAAAUAAUAAAAUGCAAUUAAUUACAAUUGAAGGAGUUGUUUAUAAAUCUUCCAAAAAUCACUUAGUACGCAAAAGUUAUGGUGCAAAAAAAAAAAGAGUAAUAAAUUUGAAACUUGACAAAUUUAUUAUUGCCACUAAUGGUAAAAAAUUAUGUAGAAUAAAAUCUAUGAAAGAAACAUCAGGAAAUUCAAGUACAAAAAUUUUAAAUACAACGAAUGGAAUUAAAUUUUCAUCUAAUAUGUCGCAAAAAAUAAAUUAUAAAAAUAAUAUAAGCAAUAAAGUCAAACAGAGAAGUAUACAAAUACUACGCAACAAAAUGCGAAAAAAUAAUCAGCCAUGUUUAAUAUUUCAAAAAUUUGGAUUUUGUUCAAAUCAUGAAAAAGGAAUUUGUGUAAAACGUCAUGAUAAAAAACAAAUUUCUCUUUGUAAAAAAUUUCUUCAAGGAAAUUGUUUAUUAGAUAAAUGUCCACUAUCUCAUGAUGUAGGUCCAGAAAAAAUGCCAACUUGCAAGUACUUCUUGGAAGGUUGUUGUACACGGGAUGCAUGUCCUUAUCGUCACAUCAAAGUUUCUUCCAGUACACCAAUUUGUAUAGAUUUUUUACAAGGAUAUUGUGCCAAGGGUAGUGAGUGUAAGCAGCGUCAUGAAAAUCUAUGUCCAGAAUUUGAGAAAACAAAAAAAUGCAGCAAAGGUACGCAUUGUCCUUAUCCUCAUAAAUCACAAUCAUCUUCUAAGAUACAAAUUCAUUUAAAAAGAAAGUACAAUAUGCAUAAUAAUCAAGCAACAUCUCCUAUUACAAAAGAUAUUUCAACCUCUAAUAGUGAAAACAGACUUAGAUAUUAUGAACAAGCAAAUACUUUAAACAAAUCUCUUGAUAAAAAAAGAGAAAGUAUAAUGAAAAAAAUUAAACUUAUGAAAAAUGUAGAGUCAGCAGAUUAUAUUAAUAUUCGAAUUGAAAAAUCUGAUAAUAAUACAAAUUCAGAAAUAAAUGGACAUAGUAAUGAAUCAGAAACUAUUUCUGAUCCAAAGAUAUUGAAACGUCCUCCAAUUGGUGUUCUGCCUGCUUAUAUACCUAUUGAUUAA